AUGCGAGGAACACCAGUAAUUGUUUUAAAUCAGUCUACUCAACGGGAAAGUGGACAUUCUGUUCAGCUGGCGAAUAUUAAUGUGGCUAAGACUAUCGCCGAUGUUAUUAGAACGAGUCUCGGUCCUCGUGCUAUGUUAAAAAUGGUAAUGGAUCCGAUGGGAGGUCUGGUGAUAACCAAUGAUGGAAACGCAAUAUUGCGUGAAAUUAGUGUGAAGCAAGCUGCUGCAAAAUCAAUGAUUGAGAUUGCCAGAACUCAGGAUGAAGAAACUGGCGAUGGAACGACAUCAGUUAUCAUAUUAGCUGGGGAAAUAAUGUCUCAGGCUGCACCAUUUAUUGAACAAAAUAUACAUCCAACAGUUAUAAUACAGGCUUAUCGUAUGGCUCUUGAUGAUAUGUUGAUUCUCGCUGAAAAAAAAUUCAGUAGAACGAUUGAUGUGAAUAAUGAUGAAGAAGUUGCUAUAGUAGUGAAAUCCUGUUUGGGAACAAAAAUGUUGUCUAAAUGGAUGGAUUUGGCAGUGAAGGUUGCUCUUGAUGCUGUUAAAACUAUCAAAAGAGAUAUUGGCAACCAUAUGGAGAUCGAUAUAAAGCGGUAUUGCAGAAUUGAAAAAAUUCCAGGUGGACGUGUUGAAGAUAGUUGUGUGUUGCGAGGUGUUAUACUGAAUAAAGAUGUGACUCAUGCCAAAAUGAAACGAAAAAUAGAAAAACCACGAGUUGUUUUACUUGACUGUAAUCUUGAAUAUAAAAAGGGUGAAAGUCAGAUGUCUCUGGAAUUGAUGAGGGAGGAAGAUUUUAGCAAAGUUCUUGAACAGGAAGAACAAGUUAUUCAUCAAAUGUGUGACGAUAUUAUCCGCGUGAAACCAGAUGUUGUCUUCACUGAAAAAGGAAUUUCAGAUUUGGCGCAGCAUUUCUUAGUAAAAGCGGGCAUAACUGGCAUUCGCCGUGUUAAGAAAACAGAUAAUAAUAGGCUUGCACGUGUCACUGGUGCUACGAUUGUAAACGACACACAAGACUUAAGAGAGGAUGAUGUUGGAACUCUUGCAGAUUUAUUUGAAAUAUCAAAGAUAGGUGAUGAAUAUUACACUUACAUCACGUCUGAAAAAACAAAAGCAGUAACAUUAUUACUUCGAGGACCCAGUAAGGACAUUAUUAAUGAAGUGGAGAGGAAUCUACAGGAUGCACUCAGUGUUGUUCGUAAUGUUUUCAUUAAUCCUCGACUUGUACCAGGUGGAGGCGCAUUGGAAAUGGCUUUAAGCGAAAAGGGUAAAUCUAUUGAAGGAGUUCGUCAGUGGCCAUAUAAAGCAGCAGCUAGAGCACUUGAAGUAAUUCCUCGAACCUUAGUACAAAAUUGUGGUGGAGCUACUGUACGUCAGCUAACGGCAUUGCGAGCUAAACAUGCCCAGGCAACUGAAAAUUGGACUUGGGGAAUCAAUGGUUGCACUGGCGAAUUGAUUGAUAUGAAUGAAUUAGAUAUUUGGGAUCCUCUGUCGGUUCGACUGCAAGUUUUAAAAACUGCCAUCGAAACAUCUGUUAUGCUAUUACGUGUGGAUGAUAUUCUGUCUGGUGUUAAAAAACUUAGCGGCGAUGAUACAGGAGCAAGUGGAGGCGCUACACAAGCAGAUUAA